AUGCUGAUUUUUAGGGACAAGCUGGAAGCUCCUGAUCCUGUAGAAGCCAGAGAGCCUGGAGACAGCAGAGACCAGCCAGCAGAGACCGGAUCCCCUGAGAUCCCUGAGCCAGGGGAAGAGGUGGACCAGAACAGCACGCCUCAGGGGGCCCAUGUCAGUAUACCUCAGGAGAAGGAAGGGACUCCGGACAAUACUCCUCAGGGGACCAGGAAGGAGGAAGGGGCCCAGGAGAGCGUGACUCAGGGACCGGUUCAGGACAGCACACCUCAGGAACCGGGUCAGGACAACAUGCUUCAGGGUCCGGGAGCGGCUGAGUCCGAGCUGCUGUCAGAGGACCUGAGUGGGGGUGAGGAGGUCGCUGAUGUGGACGUCAGUUCAGAGGAGCUGAGGAGAGGAGAGCGAGGGCAACAGGGGCCAGCAGAAGGAGGAGACUCAGAGGAGGUGGCAGGAGAUAGAGGCAUUGAGGAGGAUGUGGAGGAGGAGGAGGAGACCAGUGUGCACACAGAUGUUGAUAUCUGCAGGUCUGAGUUGGAGCCAUCCUCAGAGGCCUCCAUUGGCGGAAUCGCAAAUGUUGACGUGUGCGCAGAGGAGGUAGGAGGCCUGCAAACUAACCAGGACCCUGUGUCUCUGGGAAGCGAAGACAAAUACAGCUCCAUAGAAGCUUCCGGUAGCCAGCUGGAGGAGAAGCAACUGGAAACAAACCUCAUCGUCGACUCCUCAGAACAGAGCCAGAUGCUGCUGGAGACGCAGCCUACAGGAGAUGGAGACAACGCUGGCAGUGAGGUCACACCAGAGGAUCAUGGGAGUGAGGUCAGACCUGAGAAACAGACAUGUGUGGAGAGUCAGCAUGAUGAGCACCAGCAAGCCUCGGAUGCCUCAGUCACACUGACCAAGCAAGCUGAGGCAGAGGCAGAGGCCGCAGACAGUGGUGAGGCAUCUGAUGGAGAACCCAGCCGUGAGGAGGGUGAUGGGGACAGACUUGCACGGGGAGCAGGGGGGCUUGGCGAGGCAUCUUAUGUGGAAUCUUCCCAAGAGGAUGGUGGUGGGGACAGACUGGCACCGGGAAAACAGGGAGGUGUUGGGAGUGGGCAUGAUGAGCCUGGGCAUGUAGAGGGCACCAGAGAGGAGGGCAAAGGGGCAGGAGCAGGGGCAGGGGCAGGGGCAGACUCAGACUCGGAUGUGGAGGAGACAGAUACAGAUGAACCUGGUGCUCCUCAGGACGUGGGUGGAAGCACAUCUGCAGAGGGAAGGGAAGGAAGCAUUCCCAUGACGCAAGCUGAAGACUCGCAUGAAGGUGAACUCAGAGGUGACGGUAAGAUGGAGGCAGAGGAUGUGAGGAAGCCUGCAGAUGAUGAUGAUGAUGGGGAUGAUGAUGAUAAUGAUGGGACAGAAACAGGUAAAGAUGCCCCGACUUCGACCUUACAGGAUGUGUCUGAGAUCGAGUCCACUAUACAGGAGAGGAGUGAUGACGAGUCUGAUGUGACGGCAGCCGUAGAUCCGCAAGGUGACCGUGCAAUAAUCUCAGAUCAGAGAGAGGAGUCUUCCGACACACUCACCAGGUCAGAGGUCAAAGGUCAUGGUGACUCUGAUGCAGUGUCAGGGGUCAGUGAUGAUGAGCAGGCAGAGCAGAGCCACACUCAGGAGUCCCCUCUGGAGAAACGGCAGAGGAACCCGGAGGGAUCUGAUUCGGAUUCUGACUCUGACAGCAGCAAGUCUGAGGAAGAGAAUCCAGAGGUUUCGCACCCAAACCAGCAGGACGUCACCCACCCAGACCAGCAGGACGUCACCCACCCAGACCAGCAGGACGUCACCCACCCAGAACAGCAGGACGUGUCCGAGGAAGCCAGAGAGGAGGAGUGUGAGCAGGAGGCCUGUGAUGAGGAGCCGGGUGGAGAUGGUGAUGAGGAGGAGCAGGAGCCUCAGCAGGAGCAGAGCGUCCAGAGAGGGGGCAGUGAGGAGGGCAUGGGGUCAGGCGCAGGGCACUCGGACAGUGACAACAGAGAUCCCUCCGGAGCUGUUGGAGAGUCCACGCUGUCUCUCUCUGGCCUUUCACCACAUCAAACCCAAUCCAGAAUGGAUCCUGCGUCAGCUGAGGGGUGCUUAGAUCAGACAGCUGAGGACAUGAAGGCUUCUGAUGCAGAACAAGACCAGAGCCCACACGCCCAGUCAGGAGACAGCCAAGAUGACGCACAGGGGGACAACAAAGGUGACCCCAAGGAGAUCAAGGACGAGUCGUGA